UGCACACUGCAGGUUCUACGCUAUUAUAAUCGCGCACGUUCGGCCGAGUACGCAUCUAUAAAGUAAAUUAAUAACCGUAUGUACACGCAGCCUCGCGAAACGCCAAUGAGUCGAUUCGCCAUCUCGACUCUAACUAACUUUGACAAAUCGCGAAUUUUGCCCCGGAGAUUUUGAAAAUUAAUAAUCGCUCGUGGCUCGUCGUUACAGUUAUAUUAGACAUUCCGCUGGGCAGUGGACGAGCGAACUAGCCGCGUCUAUAUACAUCUGCACUCGUUUGCAUAUAUAGUUGAGAGUCGGUGCCUCGCAGGCAAAAGUGUUGCAUUGUUUUUGCGAUCGACUCGAGUGCACAAACGCAUAGUAGCAGUGGACACCUGCGACGAUGCACAGCAAGCAAGCGGUGCCUCAACAGAGGGAUAUGGAGCGUAGUGCCUGUGAGAUGUCAGCAACUACCUCGGCUAGUCACACGCCCGAGACGGUGCCAACUGAGCAACAGGAACCGAGCGAUCUGAAAAUACGCUCGACAUCGUCUGCCUCUGCGACUACUGCAACUGCAAAUCGUAGUCGCAACAACGUACCUGCUAAACAAUCGUCGGCUGCUUGUCGCGUUGCUGCUCGCAAAACCGCCGACGAGCACGCCUUACGCAGCGGUCCCGGAGAAGCCGACGACGACGAGGACGUUGACGACGACGACGAUGACGAGGAGGACGACGAAGGCGAUGACGAGCGUGAAAACGAAGCCAUCAACUACGAGAAGAAUGCGAACAAGCCCAACGAUGCUCGGAAAGGAAAUCAUACCAGUACCAAUGACAAGCUGAACGAUAUUAAUCCGGAAAUAGCUAACAUAGCAAUCCGCGAUUACCGAACGCCUUUUAGAAAACAUCACCUGGGAAUCGACAGCAACACUGACAACAUUCAGGAUCUGGAAGCCACCGUCGACCGCGAGAUAAAGCGUGAAAUAGGUGUUGAACACUACACGGCCGCAGCUGCAGCUGCAGCCGCCGCAGGAAUGAUUCAACAUCGCCUGCAUACCGGUAUCGAUCAGAUAGGGGGCAAUUCUGGAAUUAAAAUGGAGAUGAAAUUAUCUAGAGAAGGUCGAAACUCUUGCAUGGGUUUAGGAUUGUCGUUGGAACUGUGUGUUGUGUGUGGUGAUAGAGCAAGUGGAAGACAUUAUGGAGCGAUUAGCUGCGAGGGUUGCAAAGGCUUCUUCAAACGCAGCAUUCGUAAGCAACUGGGCUACCAGUGUAGAGGAAAUAAAACAUGUGAAGUAACAAAACAUCAUAGAAAUCGAUGCCAAUACUGCAGAUUACAAAAGUGUUUGGCAAUGGGUAUGAGAAGUGACUCUGUUCAACAUGAAAGAAAACCUGUGAUUGGAAACAAUGACAGUAGUGGCCAAACCAAAAGUGGUAAUCGAGGGCAACGUAUUAAACCAGAACCAGCAACAUUACCACCUAUCACGGAGACACCAGUUGUUAGUAAUUCUUGGGAACCUCCUCAAGAUCACCAACCCGAAAGUCCAAACCUUGAAGAUCAUCAAAGUAGUGACAGUGAUUUCAGUGAUGCUAUAACUUUGGCAAGAGAACGUGUUAUAAUAGCACAAGCACUUGACAAUAUGACAAAAAUUAUUACUGGCGAUAGUGUCAAUGGUAGUAUUGAGGGGGAACCAGAUGAUGACUGGAACUGCGGUCAAUUGUUGUCUGACAAGCAUUUACUUUUUGAUUUAAGAGCUCCCAGUCCAACUCCUACAUAUCUAACUAUACACUAUGUUUGUGAAAGUGCAUCAAGAUUAUUGUUUUUGUGUGUACACUGGGCUAGAGGAAUUCCAGCAUUCCAGUCUUUACCAUCUGAAAUACAAAUAUCUUUAGUUAAAAGUUCAUGGAGUCAGUUAUUUAUACUUGGAUUGGCACAGUGUUCUUAUAUCCUAUCUUUACCUAGUAUUUUAACUUGGAUCAUUGGACAUGUUCAAGCAAAUAUAACUCAAGAGAAAAUGACUAUUAAUAAAAUUAAACUGAUUACUGAACACAUUUGUCGUUUGCAUGAUUGUGUGAGUUCAUUACACAAAAUUGAUAUAAAACCAACAGAAUAUGCUUACUUAAAAGCUUUGACUUUGUUCAGUGCAGACAAUGUUUUAAAUGGAAUUUGGCGGAAGCGCAUUCAAAUUAUGCAAGAAACAGCUUCAAAUGAAUUGCAACAAAAAGUUGGAUCAAAUCGAUUGCCAAAAUUAUUACUACGAUUAGCACCUCUUCGUUCAGUUAGUCCACGUGUGCUAGAAGAGCUCUUUUUUGCUGGACUUCUUGGUAAAGUGAGCGUAGCGACCAUAGUGCCUUACAUACUAACGAUGCAAAAUGGAUCCAAAAUGGAACCUGAAAACCCAAUUCAAGGAUGUAUUUAAUUUUUAGUAAUUAGUAAUAACGUACCUGUUACUAAAGUGCUUUUAAAAAAACUUUACAAAAUAAACUUGGCAACAAUAAGUAAUUAUAUUUUAUAUAAUAUAAUAUUUAAAAAUUGAACUAUUAUAAUUAUCGAAAUGAGAUCAUCUUAAAUUAAUUCAUUGAAAAUGUAUUUUAAAGCCAUACUCAAUUUCUUAUUACAUGAAAUCGUUUUUGCGUGCAAUUUUUAAUCUUUUUUUGAACCUUUGUUCAAAUAAGUAACUUUUUUCAUCAUAAAUUUCGAACUGUUUUUAUG